CACUCGCACCACCACGCUCGUCUCCGUCUACCUGAACUACUACCACGCCACAACAUAUCAUUGACCACCACCCAACAUGGCAUCCGGCUACGACCGUGCGCUGUCGGUCUUCUCCCCCGAUGGGCACGUCUUCCAGGUGGAAUACGCCCUCGAGGCCGUCAAGCGAGGAACCUGCGCCGUUGCUGUCAAGGGCACUGCCAAAGAUGAUCAGGUCGUCGUCAUGGGCUGCGAGAAGAAGUCGGCCCUCAAACUGCAAGACACCCGUAUCACGCCUUCCAAAAUCUCCAUGGUCGAUAGCCACGUCUGCUUAGCCUUUGCGGGACUGAACGCAGACGCCCGAAUUCUGGUCGACAAGGCGCGGUUGGAGGCACAGUCACAUCGUCUGACAGUCGAGGACCCCGUCACCAUUGAGUACAUUACGAAAUAUGUGGCGGGUGUGCAGCAGCGAUACACACAAUCCGGAGGUGUGAGGCCGUUCGGUAUCAGCACACUCAUUGUGGGCUUCGACCCGGGCAGCAAGGAUGCAAGACUGUACCAAACAGAGCCUUCUGGAAUUUACAGCGCGUGGAAAGCAAACGCCAUCGGUCGCUCCUCAAAGACUGUCCGCGAGUUCCUCGAGCGCAAUCACAAGGACAACAUGACACGAGCUGAGACCAUCGAGCUGACCAUCAAAUCCCUGCUGGAAGUCGUACAGACGGGAGCAAAGAACAUUGAGAUUGCCAUCAUGGCACCGGGCAAGACGGUGGAGAUGCUGCCUUCAGAAGAUAUUGAGAAGAUUGUGGAGAAGAUUAACAGCGACAAGGAUGCUGCCGCUGAGGCAAACGCAGGGAGACGAGGCGGUCGUGGAGGCGCUACGGGUGGUGAUGCCGCGAGCGCACAAGGACCUGAGCAGGUUCUAGCCUCACGACCGGCUGGAGAUGUUCCUCCUGAAUAGAGAACUGGCGAAGAGGAGGUGACGUUCGAACGAGGUUGACGAGUAUGUACAAUACCGUGACGCUGCUGCUUGCUCACAGAAGCAGACACGUCCCAAAUGAUGAUACACCAGAGAUUCAGUGGGAACGAUCACUAUAUUCCCUUCAGCUGAGGGC